AUGGUCGCUGCGUUGGACACUGGCGAACUUUUCACUUUUGUCAAAGUUUAUUCGACAAUGUCCUGGAUCUGCGCCACCACGUUCGGCGACAUGGUCAAGAUUCCAGACCUCGGGUUCGUUCUGACAUUUGUCUCAGUUGGAAAUCAUGUCCCGCUGGACAACAACCCGCGCCUGCGCCCACUCGUCGCUCUUUUGUCUCAUGGAUCCGGAGUUAAGUCCUGUGGCUCGCGUGAGUUCUCGGUUUGA